GGGGCAUUUCAGUAUGAGGGGAGACUGACUGAUCAUGUUGGAUAGAUAUCAUGCUUCUCCAACUAACAUAGAAUAGUGAUAUUUCCACCCAGAUCAAGUUAACGAGGAGUCUGCGCCAUGGGUUCUCGAUUACAUGUUCAGCAGAUCAAAAGCGGCCCCCCACUCCAUUAUCGCGAUGACAUCCGCGCGUUUACCAAAGAAUAUGCCGAGUCUCUAGAUGCGACGGAUCCUUUACAUCAUUUUCGUGAGCAGUUCAUUAUCCCCUCUAAAAAGGACCUCAAGAGGAAGGCUCUUACCCCGGAGAAAGAAGCUUCAUCCGAUCCCAAGAGCGUGUACCUUUGCGGAAACUCAUUAGGACUUCAGCCUCAUAAUACUCGGAAGUACAUUGACUAUUACCUCCGGACAUGGGCUAUCAAAGGGGUAACAGGACAUUUUGUUCCCCAUGAGGACGAAUUGCUUCCUCCAUUUGCCGACGUCGACUCCGCUGCAGCGAAACUCGCAGCUCCGAUAGUGGGAGCACUAGAGAGCGAGGUGGCAGUUAUGGGCACACUUACAGGGAAUUUACACUUGUUGAUGGCGAGCUUUUACCAGCCAACAAAAGAUCGAUACAAGGUCAUCAUUGAAGGGAAGGCUUUUCCAAGUGAUCACUAUGCUGUUGAAUCGCAGAUUCGUCUUCACAAUCUUGACCCAAAGCACGCUAUGGUUCUCAUUGAGCCGGAAUCCCCUGCCCAUCCAAUCCUAGAGACUGAUCACAUACUUCGAGUGAUUGACGAACAUGCCUCGAGCACCGCUCUUCUCCUACUUCCCGCCAUCCAAUUCUACACCGGACAGUAUUUCGAUAUUGAAAAGAUUACGGCUCAUGCUCAGUCGAAGGGUCUCAUUGUCGGUUGGGACUGUGCCCAUGCCGCUGGUAAUGUUGAGUUGCGACUGCACGACUGGAACGUUGACUUUGCAGCGUGGUGUCACUAUAAGUACCUCAACAGUGGACCAGGUGGGAUAGCUGGCCUAUUUAUCCACGAGAAGCAUGGGCAGGUGGACAUGAAAAAUGUCAAUAAAGAGGAAGGGGGCUUUCGUCCACGUCUUUCUGGCUGGUGGGGACACGACAAGACCACUCGAUUUGACAUGGACAAUCACUUCGUUCCUCAAACUGGCGCAGCAGGUUACCAAAUAUCGAACCCCUCUGUACUUGAUACAAAUGCAGUUGUGGCAUCCCUGGAAAUCUUCAAUCGAGCAUCCAUGGCUGAAAUUCGCAAAAAGUCUCUAGAUAUCACAGGCUACCUCGAACAUCUCCUUUUAAACUACCCACUUGACCCAUCUUUCGAAAAACCAUUCACCAUCAUCACCCCGUCGACCCCAGCAGAACGUGGUGCCCAACUUAGCUUGCGACUAGCACCUGGCCUCCUUGACAGUGUAUUAGAAACUCUCGAGGAGAAUGGAGUCAUAAUCGAUGAGAGGAAGCCGGAUGUCAUUCGCGUUGCACCAGCGCCCCUAUAUAACACUUACACGGAUGUGUGGGAGUUCUGCCGUGUCUUCCACGAGGCCUGUCGCAAAGCAGUACACGAGCAAAAUUAAGUCCCCAAUGUGAUACAUUGUGCAUUUCCUUUGCGUUGGGGGGACAAGCAAUGUCUUGGAUAAGCGAUUUGUACAAAACUAGCGUUUCGUGAUACAACAAUCAGUUAAUUUCCUAAAGCUUUACUCCGGUCUUAAAUAUUAACAGG